GAUUUCCUCAAGCUAGUCAGCUGCUCCUUCCUCAGAGAAACUUGGCUUCUCGCGGCAAUUAAACUUGGCCGCUAGUUUUCCAUUUCCUCGUUGGUCGGCCUGUUUUCUGUUUGAGUGGAAAGAAAGAGAGGAUUAAUAUUAUUUCUGUGCGUUUUUAAGAGUGGAGAUGAGGCUGUUGAAAGUGGCGACGUGUAACUUGAAUCAGUGGGCUAUGGAUUUUGAUUGCAAUAUGAAGCACAUAAAGGAGUCAAUAGCUACAGCUAAGAAGGCUGGAGCAGUUAUUCGGCUUGGCCCUGAGCUAGAGGUCACUGGUUAUGGCUGUGAGGAUCAUUUCUUGGAGCUCGACACAGUUACUCAUUCAUGGGAGUGCCUGAAAGAAUUAUUGCUUGGUGACUGGACUGAUGGCAUAUUGUGCAGCAUAGGAAUGCCUGUCAUUAAAGGAUCUGAGCGUUACAAUUGUCAAGUUUUGUGUUUCAACCGAAAAAUUGUCAUGAUACGUCCAAAAAUGUGGCUUGCCAAUGAUGGCAAUUACAGGGAGCUCCGUUGGUUUACAGCAUGGAAGCAGCGAGAUCAGUUUGAGGACUUUCAACUCCCAAGCGAAAUUUCUGAGGCUUUGUCACAGAAGGCAGUGCCUUUUGGUUAUGGAUAUAUUCAGUUUCUAGACACAGCUGUUGCAGCUGAAGUCUGUGAAGAGCUUUUUACUCCUAUUCCCCCUCAUACCGAGCUUGCACUUAAUGGAGUUGAAGUGUUUAUGAAUGCAAGUGGAAGUCAUCAUCAGUUGAGAAAGUUAGACCUUCGUCUUCGUGCUUUUAUAGGUGCAACUCAUACUCAAGGAGGCGUGUAUAUGUACAGUAAUCACCAAGGAUGUGAUGGUGGUCGCCUAUAUUAUGAUGGAUGUUCUUGUGUUGUUGUAAAUGGAGAUGUGGUCGCUCAGGGUUCACAGUUCUCAUUGAAGGAUGUUGAGGUUGUAAUUGCUCAAGUAGACCUAGAUGCGGUUGCUAGUCUGAGAGGAUCUAUCAGUAGUUUUCAAGAACAGGCAAGCUGCAAGAAGAAAGUACCAUUAGUUGCAGUUCCAUGUAACAUUUGUCUGCCUUUCAACCUGAAAAUGUCGUUGUCCAGUCCAUUGAAGAUCAUGUAUCACUCUCCCGAGGAGGAAAUAGCCUUUGGACCUGGUUGCUGGCUGUGGGACUACCUAAGACGGAGUGGAGCUUCUGGAUUUUUGGUUCCUCUCUCUGGUGGGGCAGAUAGCUCUUCUGUGGCUGCUAUUGUUGGCUGCAUGUGCCAACUCGUUGUAAAAGAGAUUAGAAAUGGGGAUGAACAAGUGAAAGCUGAUGCAAUACGGAUCGGACAUUAUACUGAUGGACAGUUUCCUACUGAUAGCAAAGAAUUUGCAAAUCGCAUAUUUUAUACCGUAUAUAUGGGAUCUGAAAACAGCUCUGAAGCAACUAGGAUGCGGGCAAAGGCACUAGCAGAUGAGAUAGGUUCGUGGCAUCUUGAUGUUUCUAUUGAUGGUGUUGUUUCCGCAUUGCUAUCUUUGUUUCAAACCCUCACGGGAAAACGGCCACGCUAUAAGGUAGAUGGGGGAUCUAAUAUUGAGAACCUGGGGUUGCAGAACAUUCAAGCUCGGAUAAGAAUGGUGCUGGCUUUUAUGCUAGCUUCUCUCUUGCCUUGGGUUCAUAACAAGCCUGGCUUUUUUCUUGUUUUAGGAAGCUCGAAUGUGGAUGAAGGAUUGCGUGGCUAUCUAACAAAGUAUGAUUGCAGCUCAGCAGACAUAAAUCCUAUUGGAAGUAUUAGUAAGCAGGACCUUAGAACAUUCCUGAGAUGGGCUGCCACCCAUCUAGGAUACUCAUCCUUGGCAGAAAUUGAAGCAGCUCCACCUACUGCUGAGCUGGAGCCUAUUCGUUCCAACUACAGCCAGUUGGAUGAAGUGGAUAUGGGAAUGACAUACGAGGAACUCUCAGUUUAUGGAAGGUUGCGGAAAAUUUUCCGCUGUGGUCCGUUAUCAAUGUUCAAGAACCUCUGCUAUAAAUGGGGUGCAAAACUAACCCCUUUGGAGGUGGCUGAUAAAGUCAAGCACUUCUUCAAGUACUAUUCCAUUAAUAGACACAAAAUGACUGUACUUACACCUUCAUACCAUGCUGAGAGUUACUCGCCUGAGGAUAACAGAUUUGAUCUGCGUCAGUUCCUCUACAAUGCAAGAUGGCCAUAUCAGUUUCGCAAGAUUGAUGAGCUUGUACGAGAGUUAGAUGGUGACCACGAAAAAUUAGGCACUACCUCACAUGUUGGAGGUGGAAUAGGAGUUGUUGCAGCAGGCUCCGGAGAUCCUAGAGCUGGGCUUUAACUCAAAAAAAAAAAGAUUAAAUUAAACAAAUUUGAUCUCCAACCUUUUGUUUUUUUGUUUUUGUUUGUCUGACAAUCAAUAAUAUAAUGGAACGAGGAAGUUGAGUUCCUCAUGCUCUUUUGCAUGUA